AUGUUAAUUCCUGCAAUUCUGAGUCUAGAUAAUCUAUAUUUCCUCGCAUUUCCGUCCGAGAAUCCGUGGACACGCAAUUCUGUCUUGGCAAUCAUCUCAGCCAAACGCUUAGCAUCAUUGAAGACAGGUCCAGGUGCCGAUCUUCCACCUGACAAUGUGACUAAUGACAUCGACCCAAUCCUUUCAUUGAAGAUUUUGGUUCUAUUUACCUCAAUUAUGGAGGCUAUUGCCACAGAUCCCGACCCGAGACAUCUUGUCGUGUCUGAGGGAGCAUUUCUCGCCUCCCAUGAUGAUUUUUACUAUCUCUGGUUUAACCAUGGAGUAUACCGCGAUUUUGAUUUGAUUACUCCACCUGCGCCUGGAGAAGAGUAUAUUCCAGAGCAGCUGCCCAUAGUCGCAUUAAUGCUGGUCAGAGCAUUGAUCUGA